AUGGAGAUCAGCCACGGAACACCAGUAUUCCUACAAGAAAUUGUUACUAAUCCGGAAGAAUGGAUUGGAAAAGAAAUUCGCGUAGUUGGCUCGUUGAUUUAUCACAAUAUUGAAUCCGAAGUGGGAGUACUACAGCAAUAUUUAGAACGCAAAGAAAAUUUUCUGGUGGUGGAUACGAAUUUGGUUGAAAGAAGUCAUAAUUGGAAUAUG